UUUCUUUUUUUUUUCUUUUAUUGCGAGAUUUUAUUAUGGCUAACGUUUUUAAAAAGGUUAUUCCCAUGCUGGAUCGCAUACUAAUACAGCGAGCUGAAGUGAAGACCACAACUGCUGGUGGCAUACUCUUGCCGGAGGACUCUGUGCCCAAGGAAAUGCAAGGCGUGGUGGUAGCUGUUGGGCCCGGAGCACGCAAUCCCGAUGGAGCUGGACACUUGCCGUUGGCUGUCAAGGAGGGUGAUCGUGUGCUGUUGCCCAAAUACGGCGGCACCAAGGUGGAAAUGGACGACAAGCGUGAAUAUGUGCUCUUCCGCGAGAGCGACAUACUCGCCAAGCUGGAAUGACGUUCAGAAUUAAAAGAUAAUUUAAGUAUAUAGGCUAAGCACACAAUACUAUUUUACACUAACUGCGUUCGAAACUAAAUGAUUGAUGAAAUGUUUAAUUUGGUAGCACUACACAAAACUUAGCAAGUAUGUCAGCAUAACUCUCAAACAAUUGUUCAUUCUCUCUCUUGAUGGUUCAUCUUUUACACUAAAAUAAACAAUAUAUGUAUACACAAA